AUGUUUGCCUCGAAUCCGAAUCACACCUCGUACUAUGGCCUUCGGGCCCUCGACAUUUGUCUCGCCUCCUCUCCGAACCAGGGAAAGAUCAGCUUCAAAAUCUUCAAACGCAGGGCCAAAGAAGCAAGUACUAUGUGGAAGCCUCCGGGCAGGACUGCUGCCCAGAAGGAAGUAGAGCAUCGCGGUUAUGAGCACCAACGCUUCAUGUUGGUUCAGAGACUGGUUCAAGCUGGAGCCAACUUGAAGGCCAGUAUGAUAUCUGCACAUAAAAUCCCGCCGUUGGUCGCGGCCGCGGCAGAAGAAACUGUCCUAUCCAGCCUCCCAGAUAUUGUUGAUUAUCUCCUCGACCGCGGGGCACCAGUCGAUGAACCCGACGCCCACGGCAUCACAGCCCUGGUUGCUACCCUAGGAUACGGCCACUGUAGCUGCCCGUUUCACAUAUUUCCAUCUGGGGCGAAGUGCCCCCACAACCAACCCAUCUGUCGAGGCCUCCAGAAAUGCGUCACAUUACUCCUUGACAGCGGUGCGCAAAUCAGUCCUGUUGGCAGCGACUCGGCACUGUUACGGCUUGCCAUGCCCUCGAGAUACCGUCGAUCCGCCGAAUUCAAGGGCCGAGUAACCCAGGUUGGGAUGAAGCGAGACUGGUAUCUUGCCGAGGAAGACAAGGAGAACCUGGCUCACAUGUUCAUGAGCCGUCACGCCAAUCCUAGCCUCAGAUCAAGCUCAAUGAGAAUUCCGACGAUAUCGAGAAUCGGGAAGAAUAUGCCAUAUCUCACCUCGGACUCAACGGUGGUGUUAAACCCCUUGCCGCAGCACUAUGAGUCGUGGUUGUUGUGCAAGCAAUCCCCGUCGCCACCACAACACGACCGGCCGAGACCUGGCCUUGGUCGCCCCUCCAGCAUGCGUUCUGGUCGCGAGACUUUUCUCUGUUCGAAAUCUUGA